UGACCCACCCCAAAGGUCCAGAGCCACCACCACCUCUCCAUCGGCUCACGCCGCGACCCCAAGCGCCUUCGCCCCUCGGAGAUCUCGCCGCCGUCGUCGACAGCGCCGCCGCCUCGACCCGUCCGGCUUACCCGAUGGCGCGGCUGCACUGGCUGGAGGCCAUCCUGCCGCUGGGCAUCAUCGGCGGCAUGCUCUGCAUCAUGGGCAACGCCCAGUACUUCAUCCACAAGGCCGCGCACGGCAGGCCGAAGCACAUCGGGAACGACAUGUGGGACGUCGCCAUGGAGCGCCGCGACAAGAAGCUCGUGGAGCAGUCCUCCGGCAACUAGGGUAUUGUGCAACCUUGAACUUCCCGGAUGUUGAUGAACCACUUUCGGAAGCCCAGAACUGCUGCUCUUUAGUUUCCUUGUAUAAUGGGAACCAAGGCUUAUUUUUUUGCUUCAAAUAUCAAACAAUUGAGAGAAUAAUGUGUAUCAGAAUUCUGUUUAAUGACACAAAGUUGGUUUCCUUUGUCAAUUGUGUACCCAUUUCUCUCCUCACCUGGAGCUGGUUUAUGAAAAAGAAAAUACUAUUUGUGGUCGUUAUAGCCA